GAGAGGCAAAAUGGUCCAUGCCGAAGCAUUUUCACGUCCCCUGAGCCGGAAUGAAGUGGUUGGAUUAAUUUUUCGCUUAACCAUAUUUGGUGCUGUAACGUAUUUUACCAUUAAAUGGAUGGUUGAUGCCAUUGAUCCGACCAGAAAGCAGAAAGUAGAAGCUCAGAAACAGGCUGAAAAACUAAUGAAGCAAAUUGGAGUGAAAAACGUCAAGCUUACUGAAUACGAAAUGAGCAUUGCUGCACAUCUUGUAGACCCACUUAGCAUGCAUGUAACCUGGAGUGAUAUUGCAGGCUUAGAUGAUGUUAUUACAGAUUUGAAAGACACUGUCAUUUUGCCCAUCAAGAAGAAAUACUUGUUCGAGAAUUCCAGGCUUUUACAGCCACCAAAAGGAGUACUUCUCUAUGGCCCUCCUGGUUGUGGCAAAACGCUGAUCGCCAAAGCUACGGCAAAGGAAGCAGGUUGUCGAUUUAUUAAUCUCCAGCCUUCAACACUGACAGACAAAUGGUAUGGAGAGUCGCAAAAACUGGCUGCUGCUGUCUUCUCCCUUGCUAUAAAGCUCCAACCAUCCAUCAUUUUUAUUGACGAAAUAGAUUCCUUCUUAAGAAGUCGAUCGAGUUCUGACCAUGAAGCUACAGCUAUGAUGAAAGCUCAGUUCAUGAGUCUGUGGGACGGACUGGACACCGAUUAUAACUGCCAA